GCGGGACUUGCGAAGGACUGUAGAUAGGCUGGUAGUGGGAGGAGGAAGAAAGGUACAAGAGGUUGGCUCGGAGAAGCUGUGUUCAGAGCUGCAAAUUGCUCCCUGAGGCCAUGGACAGAGACAGUGAUAUCCAUGCACUCCAGCACCGCUUGGCUGAGGCAGGACAGAGCCAUUUGCUUUGGUUCUGGGAGGAACUGAGUGUGUCACAGCAGCAAGAACUGCAUAUGGAAGUGAAAGGCCUGUACCUGGAGGAGCUAGGCCAGGCUUUCCAGAAAGCCAUGAAGGACAGCAGCCAUUUACCAGGGCAGGAGAUUAUGGAUGCCAAAAUGGAACCUGUGUCACAUGAAGUGCUAGGGAGUGUGACCCGGAACCGAGCUCAACUGUCAGCCUGGGAGAAGGAAGGUCUCCGGCAGAUUGCUCAAAACAAAGUAGCUGUUCUUCUCCUAGCUGGUGGACAAGGCACAAGGCUGGGUGUCUCAUACCCCAAAGGAAUGUAUGAUGUAGGCCUGCCAUCCCACAAAACCCUCUUCCAGAUCCAAGCAGAGCGCAUCUUGAAACUGCAGCAGCUGGCAGAAAAACAACAUGGCCUCAAAUGUGUUAUUGCAUGGUACAUCAUGACAAGUGGUAGGACAAUGGAGUUGACUAAGAGUUUUUUUCUGAAGCACAAAUACUUUGGCUUAAAGGAGGAGAAUGUGAUCUUCUUCCAGCAGGGUAUGCUGCCUGCUAUGGACUUUGAUGGGAAAAUUCUCCUGGAAGAGAAGGGCAAAGUUUCUAUGGCACCAGAUGGCAAUGGUGGCCUGUACCGUGCUUUGGGAGCCCAUCAUAUUGUGGAAGACAUGGAAAUGCGAGGCAUUGGCAGCAUCCAUGUCUAUUGUGUUGACAACAUUUUGGUAAAAGUGGCUGACCCUCGGUUCAUUGGGUUCUGUUUACAGAAGGGAGCAGACUGUGGAGCAAAGGUAGUCGAAAAGACCAAUCCCACAGAGCCAGUUGGUGUGGUGUGUCGAGUGGCUGGUGUUUACCAGGUGGUGGAGUACAGCGAGAUCUCUCUGGCCACAGCACAGAAAAGGAGUCCUGAUGGUCGGCUGCUAUUUAAUGCUGGGAACAUAGCCAACCACUACUUCACAAUGGAGUUUCUGAAAGACAUUGUCAAUGUUUAUGAACCUCAGCUGCAGCACCACAUAGCCCAAAAGAAGAUCCCGUACGUAGAUAUAGCCACUGGGAAGCUUGUGAAGCCAGACAAACCAAAUGGGAUUAAGAUGGAGAAGUUUGUAUUUGAUAUCUUCCAGUUUGCCAAGAAAUUUGUGGUUUAUGAAGUGCUGCGAGAAGAUGAGUUCUCUCCUUUGAAGAACGCAGACAGCCAAAAUGGCAAAGACAACCCCACCACUGCACGGCACUCCCUGAUGUCACUGCAUCACUGCUGGGUUCUCAAUGCUGGUGGCCACUUUGUGGAUGAAAAUGGAACACGCCUUCCUGCCAUUCCCCGUUGCACUAAUGGAACAUCAGAUGCGAUCCAAGCUGAUGUCAAUCACAAUUUGAAAGAUGCCAGUGACUUGCCAAUUCAGUGUGAGAUUUCUCCUCUUGUGUCCUACGGGGGUGAAGGUCUGGAGGAGUUUGUGAAGGACAAAGAAUUCCACGCCCCUUUGAUUAUUGACAGAAGUGGAGUCCAUGAAUUGGUGAAGAAUGGGUUGUGAGAUCACCCUGAUCAUCUUUCUGGUUCGGAAUUGCUUGUGAACCUUUCUUGUCAGACUGUGAAUAUUCAAGUGAAGGUUUCAGUAUCGCCCCAUGGGUUUUUCAUUUAACGAGCUUCCUCAAAAUCCAGGAGUUUGUUGCAGUAAGAAAGGAUGUAGUCGUUUUUCCUCCUGGCAUCUUGGUGGCAUCUAUAACUUUAACUUUUUUAAAAAAGUUAACACUUAAAAUAGCAGAGAUGCUGCGUUUCAAGCUACAGUGCUUCAAGACACCUGCAUUUUGUAUCAAAUCCUAUAGUAUACCUGUGAAAAGUCAUUAUGGUACGGGGGUUGAUUUGGAGAUUAAUCUGAAAUUUUAUUUUUUUCAAAUAUAUGUGAAUAUA